AUGCACAUUGCCUAUAAUAAGAAUUUUCACAAGAUCAAACGUGAAAAUUUGAAGAAGAUCGAUGAUCUGUGUAGAAAAAAACGAAAUCAGAUAGAUAUUCAAGAAAAAUGGCUGAAGAACUUGUCGAAUAAAACCCUUCCAGAAACAGUACGAAAUAUUUUAUCACUCGGAUCUAAAUUCAGUAUACCAACUACGAAAAAAGACAUAAAAGUGGAUAGUCUUAUAGCUGACUUAGAAUAUGUUCUACUAGGAGUGACUGAAGACAGAAGAGAUGUACUCAGAGCACAAGCGACGAAUACGAUCACUAACUUCACCCAUGGAAACAACAACAGGAGCUCCUCAAUACAAAAAUGGUACAAAGAUGCGAAGAAAUUCUUGAAGGACAACGAUGACCUAAUAGUAUUGGACAGUGAUAAAGGAGGAGUAACUGUGAUAAUGAAUAAGAGUGAAUAUGAAAGAAAAAUACAGUCUAUACUAGAUUCAAAAGAAUUUAGGGAGGUGCCCAAAGAUCCAACCCAAACUAUUCAAAAUAAAUGUAAUAAAUUUAUAACCACAUUGUGUGAAAGAGGAUACAUCAGUGAUCAGCAAGCUAAGCAAAUGAAAACAUAUAACUCCACAUGCCCGAGAAUAUAUGGAAACCCGAAGGUACACAAGCCUGACAACCCGUUGAGACCCAUUAUAUCAAGUGUAAAUAGUCCCACGUCAAAACUAGCAAAAUUUGUGGCAGACAUUCUAAAGUCAGCAUACAACCCAAACAAUGACUAUUAUAUAAUGGACCCAUUUGACUUCGCUAACCAAAUUAAUGAUUUCCAACUUCCCAACAACCAUAAAAUAGCAUCAUUCGAUGUAGUUAACUUAUUUGGAAACCUAGAUAAAAAUAAUAUCAUCAAAAUCCUAGAAAAAAAGUGGGAACAAAUUCAGGAACAUGCAAACAUUGAUAAGGAACUCUUCCUGGAAAUUACACUGUUCAUACUCGAAAACAACUACUGUACGUUUCGUGGAAAAUUCUACCAGCAAGUAUUUGGCUGUGCGAUGGGGUGA